UCCUGGGCUGCAUUGCCAGCCCUUCGGCUUACUCCGGAAUGUUGGGGAGAGCAUCCCUGACCCCUUCCCUCCUCCGGGGUGCUGAGCCAUCCCUCACCUAUUCCUCCAGCCCUUUGCUCUAACAAAAAGAGCAAAUUAAACUGCGCCAUAGAAAGAAACUGUAAAAAAUACUUCAUUCUUCCCCCGAGGGAGGCGUGGAGUCUACGUUUGCUGCAGCGUUCUGGAAGGGAAGGCUCUUUAACGCCGGGAGGCUUAACGAAGAGAGAAGGCUUGUGUGGCUGUGUGAGCUCUGCCGAAAUUCAGCUCGGAGCCUGCUCCCCGGGGAUGGGGAGGAUGCAGAAGUGAUGCAGGGAGAUGGUGGUGGUGGUGCUUUUGGGAGCGGAGCUUGACAUCAGCAGCAGGAAGUGUCACCUGUAACAUCAUCCUGACGUGGGGAGCAGCAGGAUGGAGCUGGGAAGACGGGGGGGAAAGCGGAGCAGGGUCUGAGCCAAGUGCUGCUCCGAAGGCAACGGAGCCCCAGGUGACACCAGCCCGGCUGCCUCCUGCUGCAGGACCACACUCCCAGGUGAUGGGGAGAGAAAACAAAGCCCCCCCCUUUGAGGAAAGCAAAGUUUGUUGAGAGCCCUCGAAUCCCCGAGUCUGAGCUUGGCUCCCCAACACUCUCCUCGGCACAGAAACUGGACGUUGAUGCGUUCUGCCCUGGUGACGCUGAGCAGGAGCUGGGACCCCCUCCAUCCGUCGAUGAGGCAGCAAAUACACUCAUGACUCGCCUGGGCUUCCUCCUGGGAGAGAAAGUCACGGAGGUACAGCCAGGGCCCCAGUACAGCAUGGAGGUGCAGGACGAGAACCAGAGCUCGGCGGUGACGCAGCGCAUCAGCCCCUGCUCCACGCUGACCAGCAGCACGGCCUCGCCGCCCGCCAGCAGCCCCUGCUCCACGCUCCCCCCCGUCACCGCCACUGGCACCCCCAAGGACUGCACCUACGGGCCCGUCACCAGCCCCACCUCCACGCUGGAGAGCAGGGACAGCGGCAUCAUCGCUACUCUGACAAGCUACUCAGAAAAUGUGGAACGCACCAAGUAUGGAGGGGAAAGCAGUAAAGAACUUGGGUCUGGAGGAAACCUGAAGCCUUGGCAGUCCCAGAAGUCCAGCAUGGACUCCUGCUUGUACCGCGUGGAUGAGAACAUGACGGCGUCCACCUACAGCCUCAACAAGAUCCCCGAGAGGAACCUGGAGACGGUCUUGUCCCAGUCAGUCCAGUCCAUUCCUCUUUACCUGAUGCCACGGCCAAAUUCAGUAGCAGCCACCAGCUCAGCCCACUUAGAGGACCUGGCGUACCUGGAUGAGCAGCGACACACUCCCCUGCGCACCUCCCUCCGGAUGCCGCGGCAGAGCAUGGCCGGCGCCCGCACGCAGCAGGACCUGCGAGUCCGCUUCGCACCGUACCGCCCUCCCGACAUCUCCCUGAAGCCGCUGCUCUUCGAGGUGCCCAGCAUCACCACCGAGUCCGUCUUCGUUGGCCGGGACUGGGUUUUCCACGAGAUCGACGCGCAGCUGCAGAGCUCCAACGCCAGCGUCAACCGGGGCGUCGUCAUCGUCGGGAACAUCGGCUUUGGAAAAACAGCCAUCAUCUCCAGGCUGGUGGCCCUCAGCUGCCACGGGACACGGAUGCGACAGAUCGCUUCUGACAGCCCCCACGCCUCCCCGAAACAUGUGGAUGCAAACCGAGAGCUGCCCUUGGCCCAGCCGCCCUCUGCUCACUCCUCCAUCGCCAGCGGGAGCUGCCCGGGGACCCCCGAAAUGCGCCGGCGCCAGGAGGAGGCCAUGAGGAGACUCGCUUCCCAGGUGGUGGCUUAUCACUACUGCCAGGCUGACAACGCCUACACCUGCCUGGUGCCGGAGUUCGUGCACAACGUGGCCGCCCUGCUCUGCCGCUCGCCCCAGUUCGUGGCCUACAGGGAGCAGCUCCUGCGGGAGCCCCAUCUCCAGAGCAUGCUCAGCCUGCGCUCCUGCGUGCAGGACCCCAUGGCCUCCUUCCGCAGGGGCGUCCUGGAGCCCCUGGAGAACCUGCACAAAGAGAGGAAGAUCCCCGAUGAAGAUUUCAUUAUAUUAAUCGAUGGUUUAAACGAGGCUGAAUUUCACAAGCCCGAUUAUGGAGACACUAUAGUAUCAUUCCUGAGCAAAAUGAUUGGAAAAUUCCCUUCCUGGCUGAAGCUGGUCGUGACAGUCAGGACAAGCCUACAGGAAAUAAUUAAGCUGUUGCCCUUCCACAGAAUAUUUUUGGACAGACUGGAAGAGAAUGAAGCCAUAGACCAGGACCUGCAGGCGUAUAUCCUCCAUCGGAUCCACAGCAGCUCGGAGAUCCAGAACAACAUCUCGCUCAACGGCAAAAUGGACAACACCACGUUUGGCAAACUCAGUUCUCACCUCAAGACCUUGAGCCAAGGCUCCUAUCUGUACCUAAAACUCACUUUUGAUCUCAUAGAGAAAGGAUACCUGGUACUCAAAAGCUCCAGCUACAAAGUCGUCCCGGUGUCUCUGUCAGAAGUUUACCUGCUGCAGUGCAAUAUGAAGUUCCCAACGCAGUCUUCCUUUGAUCGGGUCAUGCCUCUCUUGAACGUGGCCGUGGCAUCUCUGCAUCCACUAACAGAUGAACAUAUUUUUCAGGCCAUUAACGCAGGUAACAUUGAGGGCACUUUGGAGUGGGAUGACUUUCAGCAGAGGAUGGAGAACCUUUCUAUGUUUCUUAUCAAACGUAGAGAUAUGACGCGAAUGUUUGUUCAUCCCUCUUUCCGAGAAUGGCUCAUUUGGAGAGAAGAAGGUGAAAAGACCAAGUUUCUUUGUGAUCCGAGGAGUGGCCACACAUUACUUGCCUUCUGGUUUUCCCGUCAAGAAGGAAAACUAAAUCGACAGCAAACUAUUGAACUGGGACAUCACAUUCUCAAAGCACAUAUUUUUAAGGGGCUGAGUAAAAAAGUUGGGGUCUCUUCUUCCAUCCUGCAAGGGCUUUGGAUCUCCUACAGUACUGAAGGCCUUUCGAUGGCUUUGGCAUCUCUGAGAAACCUCUACACCCCAAACAUAAAGGUCAGUCGGCUGCUGAUUUUAGGAGGUGCAAACGUGAAUUAUCGGACGGAAGUUCUGAACAACGCGCCCAUUUUAUGUGUCCAAUCCCACCUGGGUUACACCGAGAUGGUGGCUUUGCUCUUGGAGUUUGGGGCCAACGUAGAUGCCGCUUCGGAAAGUGGCCUGACCCCCCUUGGCUACGCGGCCGCUGCUGGAUUCCUCAGUAUCGUCGUGCUGCUCUGCAAGAAACGGGCCAAGGUGGAUCAUUUGGACAAAAACGGUCAGUGCGCUCUGGUUCACGCUGCUCUCAGAGGACACUUGGAGGUGGUGAAGUUCUUGAUCCAAUGCGACUGGACCAUGGCCGGGCAGCAGCAGGGAGUGUUUAAGAAGAGCCACGCCAUCCAGCAGGCCCUCAUCGCUGCGGCCAGCAUGGGGUACACCGAGAUUGUCUCCUACCUGCUCGAUCUUCCAGAAAAAGACGAAGAGGAGGUGGAGCGAGCACAAAUCAACAGCUUUGACAGCCUUUGGGGAGAGACAGCUCUGACGGCGGCGGCGGGGCGCGGGAAGCUGGAGGUCUGCCGGCUCCUCCUGGAGCAGGGCGCUGCCGUGGCCCAGCCCAACCGCCGCGGGGUCGUCCCGCUCUUCAGCGCUGUCAGACAAGGCCACUGGCAGAUCGUCGAUCUCCUGCUCACGCACGGUGCCGAUGUGAACAUGGCAGACAAGCAGGGCCGGACGCCGCUGAUGAUGGCCGCAUCUGAGGGACAUCUGGGCACGGUGGAGUUUCUGCUUGCACAAGGUGCCUCCAUUUCCCUGAUGGACAAGGAGGGCUUGACAGCCCUCAGCUGGGCUUGUCUGAAGGGACAUCUCUCCGUGGUGCGGUCCCUGGUGGAGAACGGAGCUGCCACCGACCACGCGGAUAAAAACGGCCGCACUCCGCUGGACCUGGCAGCUUUUUACGGCGAUGCAGAGGUGGUUCAGUUCCUGGUGGACCAUGGGGCCAUGAUCGAGCACGUCGACUACAGCGGGAUGCGGCCCCUGGACAGGGCGGUGGGGUGCCGCAACACCUCGGUCGUCGUCACUCUCCUGAAGAAAGGAGCCAAGAUAGGUUGUCAGACGUUACCGAGUCGCCCACGAGGUCCAGCAACAUGGGCGAUGGCAACCUCCAAACCAGACAUCAUGAUCAUCCUCUUGAGCAAGCUGAUGGAGGAGGGAGACAUGUUUUAUAAGAAAGGUAAAGUGAAAGAGGCUGCCCAGCGCUACCAGUACGCUCUGAAAAAAUUCCCCAGGGAAGGGUUUGGAGAAGACCUGAAAACUUUCCGGGAGCUGAAGGUGUCGCUCCUCCUCAACCUCUCGCGGUGUCGAAGGAAAAUGAAUGACUUUGGAAUGGCGGAGGAAUUUGCUACUAAAGCACUGGAGCUGAAACCGAAAUCUUACGAAGCUUACUAUGCAAGAGCGAGGGCCAAACGCAGCAGCAGGCAGUUUUCAGCAGCCCUGGAGGACCUGAACGAGGCCAUCAAGCUGUGUCCCAACAACCGGGAGAUCCAGCGGCUGCUGAUGCGUGUGGAGGAGGAGUGCAGUCAGGUGCAGCAGCAGCAGCAGCAGCAGCAGCAGCCGCCGCCGCCGCCGCUCCCGGUGGAGCCCGAGCCCGAAGCCCAGCAUGAAGAGCUCUAUUCUGUGCAAGACAUCUUUGAGGAGGAAUACCUCGAGCAGGACGUAGAAAACGUCUCCAUCGGCCUGCAGACAGAGUCCAGGCCAAACCAAGGGCUGCCCAUCAUCCAGAGCCCGCCCCCGUCCCCGGCUCACAGGGACUCGGCCUAUAUUUCUGGCUCACCUCUUGGCUCUCAUCAGGUCUUCGAUUUCAGGUCCAACAGCUCCGUGGGUUCGCCGACCAGGCAAGGGUACCAGUCCACCUCUCCUGCUCUGUCUCCGACGCACCAAAACUCACAUUACAGACCCAGUCCUCCUCACACCUCCCCUGCUCACCAGGGCUCCUCUUACCGCUUCAGCCCACCUCCUGUUGGAAGCCAAGGGAAGGAAUAUCAAAGCCCUCCCCCUUCACCUCUCCGUAGAGGUCCUCAGUAUCGUGCCAGCCCCCCAGCAGAAAGCAUGAGCGUUUACAGGUCACAGUCCGGUUCCCCGGUUCGUUAUCAGCAAGAACCUAGCGGGGUCAGCCAGCUCCCCGGUAGACCAAAGUCUCCGUUGUCCAAGAUGACACAGAGGUCCUUCCAGAUGCCCCAGCUCCCCGUGGCCGUGCCACAGCAAGGGCUGAGGCUGCAACCAGCCAAGGCUCAGAUCGUGAGGAGCAACCAGCCCAGCUCCGCCGUCCACUCGAGUACUGUAAUCCCGACCGGUGCCUACAGCCAGGUUGCCCACUCGAUGGCCAGCAAGUACCAGUCGGCGUCGGGGGAAAUGGGGGUUAGCCAGAGCAGGUUGGUCUACCAGGGCUCCAUCGGUGGCAUCGUAGGUGACAGCAGACCAGUGCAGCACGUCCAGGCGAGCCUCAGCGCCGGAGCCAUCUGCCAGCACGGAGGGUUGGCUAAAGAAGACCUUCCCCAGAGACCGUCCUCGGCCUACAGGGGAGGGAUGAGAUACAGCCAGACGCCUCAGAUCGGGCGCAGCCAGUCCGCUUCCUACUACCCGGUGUGUCACUCCAAGCUUGACCUGGAACGUUCUUCCCUCCCCGCCAACCAGCUGGGCUCUCCAGAUGUGUCUCACCUCAUAAGAAGGCCCAUCUCGGUCAAUCCCAGCGAAAUCAAGCCUCACCCACCGACUCCGAGGCCCCUGCUCCACUCUCAGAGCGUCGGCCUCCGCUUCUCUCCUUCCAGCAAUAGCAUCUCCUCCACCUCCAACCUGACUCCCAACUUCCGCCCCUCGGCUUCGAUUCAGCAGAUGGAGAUCCCUCUCAAGCCAGCCUACGACAGAGCGUGCGAUGAACUUUCUCCGGUCUCUCCCACGCAGGGGGGUUACCCCAGCGAGCCCGCCCGAUCCCGGACCACGCCGUUCAUGGGAAUCAUAGAUAAAACGGCUCGGACUCAGCAGUACCCCCACCUCCAUCAGCAGAACAGGACCUGGGCUGUGUCGUCCGUGGACACUGUCAUUAGUCCUACGUCUCCUGGGAAUCUCCCCCAGCCCGAAUCGUUUAGCCCGCCUUCUUCAAUCAGCAACAUUGCCUUUUAUAACAAAACCAACAAUGCACAGAAUGGCCAUUUGCUAGAGGAAGACUAUUACAGCCCCCAUGGGAUGCUGGCCAAUGGGUCCCGGGGAGACCUCCUGGAGAGAGUCACCCAAGCCUCCUCGUAUCCCGACGUCAAGGUGGCGAGGACACUGCCUGUGGCACAGGCCUACCAGGACAACCUGUACAGGCAGCUCUCCAGGGACUCCAGGCAAGGGCAGACAUCCCCAAUCAAACCAAAGAGACCAUUUGUGGAGUCUAAUGUGUAAAAGACGCUUGUUGGAGUAAGACCCUCAUGUUUUUCAGCACACACUUCCAAGCUUGAUUUCCAUGCAUAUUAUUAUUAUUAUUAUUAUUUUUAUUUCUCUUUUUUGGUAGCUCCAUGACCAAGUUUCUCCGGUACUUUGUGUGGUGGUCAGACAGCCAUGCACGUGCUGCAGCCCUUCCGUUCCCCAGCCGACCGUGAAGCCACCAUCAGCUGAGCCAGUCUCCUUUGCCCAAUUCCAGCUGAAUUCCCCACCAGGAUAUCUUAGUGACGUGGCGCGGGGGGGGUCCAGAAACAGCCCCCGUGCAACGGGAGGUAACCAGCUCCUUUUCAAGAGACGAUGGCGAUCGUUUUUAAUGGGUUUCUUUGGUCUCCACGAGCUCUCUUCUGGUGGGAAGUCCUAGUGGGAGCAGAGCAGGGAUCACCGGAGCCUUUCCCGAGGCUGCAUCCACAGGUCCUCAUGCCGGCCGGGUCCUUUGGCUCUUUGCCCCCCCCCUCAAAGAGCAAACUACCCGCAGGGAGGUGUUUUAAUUCCACGUAGCUGUGCGCAGUAACCGUCCUGCUCCCUCUGGUUUGUAGCUCUUCAUCCGAGUUGGAUUCCUUCCUCCUUUAGUCGCGCCAUCAGCCAGAAGGGGAGGGGACCACACCGGGUUCUGCUGCUCCUCCAGCUCCCUGCCGGGUGCCCCAGCACUGCUGUGCCCGGGGGGGCAUUUUAGAAGCAGUGGGCAAUUAACGUGAGCCCUUCGUAUGUGAUUUAAUGAGCUGAGGGAGGGAACCUCUAGUGCGUGGACCGGGAUUGCGACAACUUCUUCGCGUUUUCUCCGGGAGGGUUUAGUGUUGGGGGGGGUUCCCUUUGGUGAGGUUUUUUUCCCUCGCAAGGAAGAACAAAAAAUCUGACUUGGCAAAUGGUCUUCGAGGAGGAAAAUUGCGAUGUUAAAUUUGUAAUUUUUUUAUUUUAUUUUAUUUUAUUUUUUAAAAUGGCGAUGCACAAGGUGGCACGAUGGUUCUUGAGACAGGAAGGGUCCUUCUGCAGACCCAGCCCCUCCCCAUCCCUCCCCUCGGGGAGCUGCUGCCGGAGCGAGGACCGUCCUCCGCUGAGAUCCACUCCCAAAAUCCUGGAAAGCAAUUCCCCGUGUUCCGUACCUGUACAUGGCAGAGACCGUGUUUUGCUUUUUAAGGGCCUGUAGUUAAAAGAGAGAUAUUUAUAAUUUAUUUAUGCGACCUACUUCAAGGCAUUGUUUGGGUUGGGUUCUUUUUUCUAUUUCUUUUUUUUUUUUUCUUAAAUCACAUCAAGACAGUGUGAAAAAGCAAGGGAUGCUUCCAAAAUCUGUUUUUCUGGGAUUUUUCAAUAAUUUUUCAGUUAUUCUCUGAAUUUUUUUGGGGGGGAGAGGUGGAAGGGCUUUGUUUACAGUUUCAUUUAUUACUGCUGGGUUCCUAAUCUGCCUUUUCAGUUACCGAGGGCGAAGGGUGGGAUGAGGGGGAGGGAGAGGGCUGACCCUGGGGCUGGUUUUAAAGCAGAAUUAGUGCCUGUUGCCCCUGCUCGACCUCACUCAUAUCAACUCUUGGAGCGAUCCCAGCGCUGAGCAGGAGGAGCGAUAACCUUUCCGUGUUUCCCAAGGGCUAAUGAGCAGGAGAUUGUGAGACUUCUUGAACCAAAUCACGGUGCCCGACCUCCAGCUGGUGUAAAUGAGCAUAUCCCCCCCCUGCAGCCCCAUCCCUUUACACCAGAUACGGACUUAGCCCCAAAUUCUUUAGCAACCCCUGGUUUCCAUGGGGUUUUGGUUUUAUUUCUGGUGUCUGUGUGUGGAUCAGCCCAUCUCGUUGCUCAUUUCGUUGCCUGAUUUGCUCAAACUGGGACGUGUGCACCUUGGGAUGGUGCAGGUUUGUGUCUCAUAGACACGUUGAGAACAUUCCCGGGGGAGGAGGAGGAGGAGGAGGGAUUCCUCCAUGGGGUUUGGAGAUUUUUAUGCCCUUUGGGGCUUUUUGGUAUUUGUCUGAGCCGGUAUUUGGAUUGAGUUUGGUGGUUUCUUUCUCGAGGUGCAACCCAGGGCUGACUCUUUGCUUUACGACAGGGCUCUGUAAGGCUGGGGGGGGGCACUCAGCUCCAUGCACUAUUUCUCUCCUUGCAAAGGGGGUCUGAUGAGGGUGGUUUUUUAAGUUCCUCUCUAUUUUUCGAAGCAGUAUGUUCUGCUUUUGAAGGAAAAACCGAUUCCUCCUCCGCGUGCGGCGCGUCUCUCGCUGGGACAUCCUCUCCGCGGCUCCGGAGCGGCACCACUCGCUUCGCCCAACACCUCCCAUCCAGGAGUGGCUUCUUGCCUUUAGUUGCUUCUUUAAAAGGGAAAAGUAGCCAAAUUCAGCCCCGUCCCCCUUUUUGCGGGGCUGAGCGGGACACACUGGGGCCGUCGGCCGGUUCUUUGCCGCCCGGAUGCAGACGGGACCCGCUUUGCUUCCCCUUCCCACCUCCUGGUCCUCCCGGUGCCGUCCCCUCGCAGAGCCCCGGGGUGUAACUUUGGGGUUUAUGAAGGUGUUUUAAGGGAAAAAGAAAACAUCUCACACUCGUAGACACAAAGGCCAAGCUGAAAGGAGGCUUAAAUACUGCGGCGUGCAGGGGUUUUUUUUUCAUGAUACCACGUGUUACAUUUUUCACGGGAUUCUUGCACUAAUGGUUUUCCAUCUGUUCUCUCUGUAAAUGGGUGCACUUUACUGUUUGGAUUUGUUACUAUGAUAAAUACUGGAUAUUUAAGCGUGAGUAGUGUCUUCAUUAGAAAAUAGCAGAACAGCUCUUGUCUCUUAGUGUAUUUUUCAAAAAAAAAAAAACAAAAAACAAAAAAGAAGAGAAACUAAGCAAUGAAUCAUAACAUUUAUAGCACAAGAACUGACUCC